GAUGCAACAAUUCUGAAAGACGUCAUGCCCAAAUCCAUUAUGAAAAGACAAAUCAUCCAUUAGUAUUAAACAUCUAUCGAUUAAUCAAAGACAAACCUAAGAGGGCUGAUGAGAACGAGGAACCACCUCAAAAGAUCAGUAAACUCGCAAUUAUUCCCGAAUCUGAAAAGGACAAAUACGAAUUUAUCACACAUGUAAAAUGCUAUGCUUGUGGGGGUAUUGAGAUCGAUAGGACUUCUGGUGAUCUGCCCGUUGUAGUCGAUGCUGUAAUGACGUCUACGUCGGCUGCAAGGCAAUCAGAAAUAAAAGCAUGGGAAGAAGAAAUUGGUGAAUGUGAUCAUACACGUGAUUUAGUGCAAGAACAGCCGAGGGCCUUGGAAUCACAAGCUCUAGCACAUUGUAAUGACUGUGAUUUAAAAGAAAAUCUUUGGCUGUGCUUAGUUUGUGGCAACCUCGGAUGCGGACGGCAGCAAUAUGGUGGGUUAGGUGGAAACGGGCACGGCUUAGCUCAUUAUGAUAAAACAAAGCAUGCGAUAAGUUGUAAAUUGGGAACGAUUACUCCAGAAGGCACUGCAGCAAGCUGUAUUCAGUGUCAAUUAUCUAAACUUGCCGAUGGUUUAUUGAGUGGUCGCUAUUCCCAACAACCGGAGCAAGAUGGUAUAUCACCAAGCAUGUUUAAGACACUUAUUGGGAAAGGACAUGUCGAGUUUUCCACGAUGCGGCAACAAGAUGCUUUUGAAUUCUUUCAACAUCUUAUUAUGACAAUUGAACGCAAGGAGCAUAAUAACCCAGGAAAUGAUCCGACAAAAAUAUUUAAAUUCACAAUUCAAACGCUUCGAUAUAAGGACAGCACAGAAUCAUCCAUUUCAAUAUCAGUACCCGCGAAUAAGAUUGAACCAAAUGAGAAUAACGAAGCUAAAUACGAGCCUGUGAAUUUCGAACAAUGCUUACAGUCGUUUGCUGCAGAUUCGGCAAUUGAAUAUAUAUUUGAAGAAGAAAAUUGGGUUCCUCGUAAAAUUAGUAAGAAAUUUAAUUUUCAAGAUUGCUAUAACUUUGACAAAUACAUUGCUCAUGGGCGACAGGAUAAUGAAGAACUUCUUCCAGAAGAGUCACCUGCAGCGCCUUCAAUUAAUGAAUCGGACCUUAAUAAGCUACUUGAAAUGGGUUUUCCUGAGAACCGAUGCAGAAAAGCAUUGAUUGCUACUGGAAAUAAUGGAGCUGAUAUAGCAAUGAAUUGGUUAUUUGAACAUAUGGAUGAUGCAGAUAUUGAUGCGCCAAUUUCAGGUUCUACAUCCGUAUCUAAUGCACAGGAACCUUCAAAAGAUGAUGUCUCCAUAUUAAUGACUAUGGGAUUCUCAGAAGCACGAGUUAGGAAAGCUUUAUCAGAGACAGUUA